CAGAAAGAAUCAUGGCGGAUGUUUAUCCAGAAUCGACUACAGGAAGUACAAAAGAAGACAAUUCAGUAGAUCAGAACAAAGAACAGGAAAGUGACUCUACAGCUUCAGGAUAUCAAGCUGCCAUAGCUCCUAAUCCAUUUGGUCCUCGUCCUGGAAUUAAAACUGACUUAGUAUCUUCUAGUUCCUAUAAUUCUACAGUACAUCUUACUCCCAGUAGAUUAUCUGCCAGUGCAGGAUUAAAGGGAGGCGAUCCUUCAAGUUCUGAUGAAGAAAAAAGUCACAGAUCAUCAAUUCUUGCACCUUCACGUUUAGGAAUGUUGAAUAAAACAGAUGUAGCCAGUCCCACAAAAUGUCUCUUGAGACCUUCAGCAUUAUCAGCUCAAGUGCAAACAUUAAAACAAAAAGAUUCACAACAAGAACAAAAAGAAAACCAAGAAUCUGUCAACCAUGAAAAAACACCCGAAGCCACUCCAACAAGUUUUAUUACAAAAGAAAACUAUUUUGCCACAGCUCUUACAAGUGCACCUGAUUCAACGACUGAUGAUGGUGGAGGAAAAAAUGAAUUUAUUUUUGGUCAAAAUUUAAAUGAAAGAGUCACAGGUGUAAAUCCAUCACCUGACAGUAAAAGAGAUUCUAGUGAAUCUAGUAAGGAAUUUGUUUUUGGUCAGAAUUUAGCUGAUCGUGUAGUUCAAUCUUCUACUAGUCCUGACGAUUCAGAAAGUAAAGAUAAAGACUUAUCAGAUGAUGAAGCAGAAGCUGGCAAAUGCAUAGAAAAAGCAAAAUCUUUAGAAGAAUCAGCUAGAGAAUUUCAGGCAAAGUAUGAGAGAAAGACAGAAUUAAAAGAAGUUGAGAUUAAAACUGGAGAAGAAGGAGAAUCUAAUGUAUUGCAGGCAACUGGUAAAUUAUUUGUGUUUGACAGUGCUAAUCAAAAUUGGAUAGAGAGAGGACGUGGUUUAUUACGAUUGAAUGAUUUGAGGAGUUCAUCUGGAAUGGGAACAGAAUUUCACUCACGAUUAGUUAUGAGAACACAAGGCAGUCUUAGGGUUAUAUUAAAUACAAAGAUAUGGGCAGGGAUGACAAUAGAAAGGGCUAGUCAGAAAAGUCUUAGAAUAACUGCUACUGACUCCGAUGAAGGUGUAAAAGUCUUUCUUAUAAAUACAAGUAUAAAAGACAGUGAGAAUAUAAUGAGAGCUGUUGACUGGAGAAUACAACAGUUAAGAGUCAGAGAAGAAGCAGAUAAACCAAAAUCCUCAGAAAAACGCAAAGCCGACAUAGAUUCAUCACCUGAUGAAGCUUCACAGAAAAAAUCAAGAGUAGAUGAAGUACCUUGCGUUAGAAGAGAAGAAUCUGAUGGCAGUGUGCUGGAUCCAGAAACAGAAGCAUCAUCUGAAAGCUGUACAUCUUCAUCAUUGACUGUUAGAUCAGAAUCAGACUGAGGCCAGGAGGAAAUGAAUUUCAAUCUAAUACUUAAUAGGACAUAGUGAUUAUAGCAAUGAAAUUGUGAUCAAUAUUUAAACAUUGAGACAACAACAUCAAUAAAACUUGGCUACAAAGAAUUGGAUAAUAUUAUGUUUAGCUAGUCUUCUUUAUAGCUUAAUUCUCAAAAUAAUGAGUAAAAAUGAUCGACAAACACAAUUUUAUAUACCUUAAAAGUAUUACAACAUUGCUUUUUAAAAAAACACUUUAGAGACACUUAAAAGUGUUAGUUAAAGUGACACCACAGAUACCAGAAUGUUUAUAAUGUAUUUUUGUUCUGUGUUCUCUGGCUCAGGAACGUGUGUAGUUAUACUGAAUGAUAAUAUAAAGUAUCAUUACAACAAAAUACUAUGUAAAUGUUGAGGAGGGUUUUUUAGUUUUUUUUGUCAUUACAUUAUAUGAUAUUGUCGGACAUUAUAUCAAAACCCAUUUGGUUAUCUGAUGCUUUGUUAAAAACCAGAAAUAAUGGAUAUGAAGAUUGUA